CGUCCGUCCGUCCGCAGCCGCGCGCGCAACUUCGCACGCGCUAGUAUCGAGGCCGGGGGGCGUUUGCGACUCUGCAGGGCGACCCGCUCCAUUCAUCCGACCCUCGUCGUCGUUGAGCUCGUGAGACUGGAAGACCCCCCGACGGAUCAACAAAUCUGCACCCUCUUCUAUGCGAGCGGAAAAUGUGAUUUAAUAUUUCGGCCCCCUCCCCCCCCCAAAAAAGUUUGUUUUUAUGUUAACGCGCGCGAGUUGAUGUAGUCCGAGUCGAGGAUUUAGAAAUACAUUAUUUUGAUAUCAAGAUGCAACUGUAGACUCACCACCGCAGCAAGUGGACGUUAUAAAUAUAAAUAUACAUAUAUAUAUAUAUCUUUUAAAAAGCUGAACUGGCGUGCAAGCCGCCGAGAUGGAGAAUCGCAGCCCUUAACCGACCGGGCGAGAUGGGGAAAUGGGAGUUAACCAUGAAUCCAGUUCAGGAGUGGGGCGAGGAGUUGGAGGAGGGGGCUGUGUACGGGAUCACCCUGCGGCGGGAGCCCGUCCCCUCGUCCCCCAAACCCGGUGCGACAAAGCCACAUUGCGCCUUUAUCCGGUACCGAACCUGCAAGGUGCGGCGUCUGAAGGCGGCGACUCUGGACCAGCUGGUCAACCAUCUCCUAGACCUGGGCUGUCAGGAGCAGGACUACGGCCGGAUCUUUCUGUCCACGUACAGGACCUUCACCAGCUCCUCUGAACUCAUUGAACUGCUCUUCCAGAGGGAGAACGCCGUCUCGGAUCUGGACAACAGUGACUGUUGCAGAAGAGCGCUGUUGGCCUUUGUCCAGACGUGGCUGGACGAGUACAGCGAGGACCUCAGGGACGCUCCCCUUCACCCCUCACUUCGGCUGCUGCUGGAUCACCUGAGGGUCAGCUCCGCCGUGGCCGACGACAUGCGAAGUCAGCCAAAUUUCUGCUCCCUGGCCGGGCAAGCCGAGGCGCUGCUAAAGAGGUUUCAGAGAGAAGAAGCUGAGACCAACUGUUGUGCUGCCCGAGGAAAUGCGGACCAAGACGAGGAGGGCUCCAGCGAUGAAGGUUCGGAAGGUGAGGGUGCCCCGGAUCAAGACAGCAUCAUGGAUUUCUCGGUCUCGGCCAUCGCAGAGCAGCUCACCCGCCUGGACUCGGCUUUGUUUGUCAAGGUGGUGCCCUACCAGUGUCUGGGCUGUGUGUGGUCCCAGCGAGACAAGAAGGAAAACAUGUCUCCCACCAUCAGGGCCACAGUUUCCCAGUUCAACACCAUCACCAACCGGGUCAUCACCUCCUUGCUCUGCUGGCCGGCCGCUACCAACACCAGCCCCACCUGCCCCCGCAGACGGGCCUCCACGCCAACGCAGAGGGCUCGCGUCAUCGAGAAGUGGAUCAGAAUAGCGCAGGAAUGUCGCCGGCUGAAGAACUUCUCCUCCCUCAGGGCAGUACUCUCGGCCCUGCAGUCCAACGCCGUCUACAGGCUGAGAAAGACCUGGGCCGCCGUCAGCAGAGAUAGCAUGGCCAUAUUUGACAACCUCUGGGAGACCUUUCCGGACGAGAACUGUGUGCUGACCAACAGAGAUCUCCUGGUUGAGGAUGGAGGCCAAACGGCCACGGAUAACUUCUCUCCCAAGAUAACCAAGCGAUGCCCGAUCUCCAGACAGAUGAGCACAUCAAGCGGAGUGGUACCGUACCUGGGCACCUACCUGACCGUCCUCACCAUGCUGGAUACUGCUCUGCCCGACACGAUGGAGGGCGGGCUCAUAAACUUCGAGAAGAGGAGGAGGGAGUUCGAGAUAUUAUCACAGAUUCGGCUGCUGCAGGCCGCCUGUACCCAGUACAACCUGCCCUUUCACCCCAGGGUCGCCGCUUGGCUGCAAGGACACAAGCUGCUCACUGACCAGGAAAGCUAUGAACUGUCAAGACAACUGGAGCUUCCCGUGGACCUGUGCUCCCCGACCCCCUGGAGCCACCGCACCCUCACCAAGAAGCUGUCCUCCCUUCUGACCGUGGGCGAUGGGUCUAAGAAGCUCCUCGCCGACCAAAUAAGCGUCUCGUCUUCUGGAUCCAGCGGAUCUGAGAUGGAAGAUCUCUCCUCGCCAAACCCAGCCUGUUCCAUCAGACUGCAGUCAUUUUCCAACUCGUGCAACAACGUGUCCGAGGCCUUCUCUUCCUCCUCCACCUCUUCCUCCCCCUGUUUCUCCACGACAUCCUCUCCGGACUCCCCGACUCCUUCCUCCACCUCCACCUCCUCCUCCGGAUCUCACCUCGACCUCUGCGCCCCGGCCUCGUCCUGCGGCAGCGUCCGGUCCAAGACGGCCCAGGCCUCCCAGCACAAGCGCUCAGUGUCCAUGACCUGCCUCCCGGUCUACAACCGUCAGGUGGACGACUCCUGCAUCGUCCGCGUCAGUGUCAACCUGGGCAGUAACAACGGCAACAUGUAUAAGAGCAUCCUGCUGACCAGCCAAGACAAAACUGCCCAGGUGAUUCAGAGGGCCUUGGAGAAGCAUCACAUGGAGCACAUGAGCUGCCAGGACUUCACCCUCACGCAGGUCCUGACCCAGGGGAAAGAGUUGCUCAUACCGGACAAGGCGAACGUCUUCUACGCCAUGUCCACCUCAGCGAACUUUGACUUCGUCCUGCGUCAGCUUUCCAAAGGGAAGAAGAAACCGCUGAAAGCCACCUCGAGUCGUGGACGGUACACCAAAUAACCUGCCGACCGAGCCGCGGGAGAAAAAGCGGCCUCUCAGAAAACACAGAGUAUAGAAGUCUGUCUGUGAACAGAGUAUAGAAGCAAACUUUAAAAUGCAGGUUACUCUGAAGAAUUUAGGAGAAAGAGAUAGAGAGAGCUUAUGGAGUACGAUAUGUCCUGCAAAGAUGGUCAACACAUUUUGAAUUAUAAGGGGGGGGGGCAAACACAUGGUAGCCAGUCAAGGGGGAUGCAGUGGCACUUUAUGAAGAAGAUGGCUCGGAAACAAGACUGAAGGAGGGAACCAUUUAAAAAACAACCUUGAUUCCAGGUUGAAGGAACUUCUCAUGAAUCCCAUCCUUGAUACGAUAUGAUGUGAUAUGAAUUGAAACGCAUUCCGUGAGGACCUCCCGGCGGUGUUUUUAACCUCUUUGGAUGUACUCACUUGAUUGGAGCACAUGGUAAUCGAUGAACACGGAGCUUCAGUGCUUUUACCUUGGGACUCCUGUUGGAUUUCUUGUAUAAUAGAUCCGACAAUUUGAAUUUACAUGAAACCACAAACACAUACACAUACACACUGCUGUAUUUCCACAGCCGAAGUCACUUUACACCCCCCUCCCCACCCCCGCUCCACACACACAAACACAAGACUGAGCUACAUGUGCCAUUGACCCAUUUUAUGCGGGGCGAUGAGUUUCCCUAUGCAGCUGUUCGCCAUUAAUAACCCCCGUGUGUUUUAAAGGGAAUGGAAGCCAAUGGAGACGGAGUCCCAAAAUGGAGCCCCAUGUAAAUCACACCGAGUGGUAGGUGAACAUGUGAGGGGUACCUUGUGAGCCACUCGAGGUGAGCUGGGCCGGACCCCUCGGGUCGUACAGUGUAUGGGCUGCUGCUCUGUCGGUGCCAUCCAAUAUUUGGGUGGCAAUGUUCUAGGCAGGCUCAUCGUAUCCCUCAGGGUGUAAUGUCCUGCUCCACCUGCGACACCACGAUAGCGAUCUCGUGCAGCGGGGGUUAAGAGCAGCGGCCCGACUGGCCGGAUGGCAUUCCAGUCAGACUAACCAUGCUAACCACAGCGGCUCUGGCGCGUACACUCACAAACAGCUAUCUGGAGUCUGAUGUUAGAAAGCGUUGUGUGUGUGUGUGUGUGUGUGUGUGUGUGUGUGUGUGUGUGCGCCUGUGUAAAUUGUUGAAUUUCAGUGUUAGCGCUUUCGGUGAUCUAUAUAAUUUUAAUUUUCAGCUUUUAGGCUCCGUAUUCAACUGCAGCUCUCCGGUAGCUCACGUCAAUACCUGCAGUCAUUAAUUGUGCACCUUUUCUCGUUUAAUUUAUUCUGUCGGUUCAUUAGAUUGCCUUAACUUGUCGAUUAACUGUUAGAAAAUGAGGUUUUUUUUUCAUAAAUCUACAAGAAGUUUAGUUUUAUGUGUGAUUUUAAACAUUGUCUGAGCUUUUAAAGCAUUUAGAAUGUCAGAUUUAUUUUUUUUUAUGUUACCAUUUUUUCCCCACUUCCCCGGAAAAUUCCCCAGUCAGACCCAAUAUUAAUAAGUUUCAAUGUAAAUAAGGUGCUAAUAUAUUAUGAACCUGAAGAGGGCUUGAAAGGGAGGUCAGCUCAUCAAUGCUGUCCAACGCUGACGGCAAACAGAACAAGAACAGCAUCACAAACACUUCCUGGAGGUUUACUGGAAAUCUGUUCCUGCAGUAAAGGGUCGAGUACAUACGCUGGUUCACUUCUCCCAGAAGCGAUACUGACACUGCAGGGGGGGGCGUGUGUGCUUUGCUCAAGGGUAAGAAUACUGAGUAGGACAGAAUCCAUGUCCCCCAUUCACCGCCUCCAGCUGAUGCAGGGAUUUGAACCAGCGAACUCCUUCCGACAACUUUUUCUGAGCAACUGACGCGCCGCCUCGUUUAACGGCUGUGACCUGAAAAUAUCUAUUUUUUAACUUAUUCAGAGAUUUUUGUGUCUGUUUAUCCUUGCGAUCAAUGAAGAGACUACCGUGGUUGUGAAAUGAAGAAAUGACACACUGUUAGUUGUGAAAAUCAAUUUUAAGAAAAAGUGCUUGCAUCUUUUUAUUAAAUGUGUUUUGUCAA